AUGUCCAAUUUGGCCAAGAUUUUCAACCCUCCAGAAUCAAGAGAUUUAUCCGAGGAAGAGGUCAAGGACUGCAUACCAUGUCAGGUGAUGGCCUCCUUUGCGGGUGUUGUUGGUGGUGCUUACUUUGCCUCUGGAAUGGCGUUCAAGGGUGCAAAUCCAGAGCUGAAUCCACUGUGGUGGAAGAAUUCGAUCAGAAUUGGCGGUGUUGGACUCAUUGCAAUGGGAAUUUAUCGUGGAGGCCAAGGUCUUUUCUGGCCCAGAAGGUGA